UUGACACUUGUUCUUGGCGGCAGCCAUAUUGAUUUGCUCCUCCUUUUGUGUGUGAUCUAUCCAGUCAGGAUAGAAUAGAGUUUAUUUGUUGUGACUGGUAAUUUUCCCACAUCUUUUAUCAACUUUAUUUUAUGUAGUUUAGAUUUGAUUGAUUGAACAAUUAUUGGUUGAGUAGCCGGGUGGUAAUAUUUGUUUAGGUAACGAUUUACAUUUAAACUUAUGAUGAAUUAUAGAACCGCUAUUUACCCGAUUACUUGUUUUGAUUUUGACGGGCAAGGGCGCGUGUCUAACGUACCUAGACGGCUAUUCAUCAAUCCAAACCGCAGUUUGGAUUCUACAGUUCUAAACAAAUAUUAAUUGGUCAAAGUCGUUUGGCAAUCGUUCGCGGAUUCCGAUUAUCGUUUCUGGAAAUAUCUGGUCAUUUCGCUUAUGAUGCCAACUAAUCGUCGAAGGAAAUCAAACUCAAAGUUCGUUGAUGUUAAUGAAGAAUCCCUUAUUAUCAAGCAAGUACCUUUUGAUGUCCUUAAGUGUCAUGGUUCAGACUCGAAUAGGGUUGAUUAUCAUGGAAGUGACUCUAGUCUUAAUUCGAUGACAGAUGACGUAAAAAAUCUUAGUUUAAAGGAGAAGCAAGGGCAUGAAUUUACAGGAAAGAGCGUUUUGCCCAUAACGCCUGUUGUUGGUCUAGAACUACCAAAGGUUGAAUUGAGUUAUUUCGAUGGUCAGGCAAGAGGGUAUUGGAAGUUUAUAAGGCAAUUCGAGACCUAUGUAGCAUCAAGAGUCACUGAUGAUAGCCAACGUUUGCUCUAUUUAAUUCACUACUGUAAGGGCAAGGCGAAAGCAGCUAUUGAGGGUUGUGUGAUGAUGGAAGCAUCUUCUGGUUACAAGAGAGCAAGGGAAAUCUUAAAACGUUUGUUCGGACAGUCUCAUGUAAUCGCUCGGGAAACAUUAGAAGACUUAUUCAAUGCUGUAAAUUUUGACUAUACUGACCCAGAGGAAUUAUCAAACUUGGCUAUUAAAAUGGAAAACUGUGCUAUGGUCUUGGAACAGAUGAAUUAUACCUCUGAUCUAAAUUCUUUAGUUACUUUGGAAAGAAUAGUGAGACUCUUGCCUCAACCUAUGCAAGCCCAAUGGGCGGACUGGGUGGAUAAAUUGACAGAAGAUGACAGAGAGCCGACGUUUCACGAACUCACUCAGUUUAUCGCUUCGCGUGCGAGAGUAGCUUGUAGUAGAUUUGGACGGUUAGCGAAUCGUUCAAGAAAAAGACCAAACGUAAAGACGAAUUGUCACGUGCAAUCAGAGCAGGGGAAUAGUUCGACAGCGAAAACUAAAUGCAGUAUGUGUUCCUACGACCAUGCUAUUUAUAAGUGUCCACAGUUUUUAGCGCUUACAGUUCAAGAACGAUGGUCCCACGCUAAAAGCAAGGGUAUCUGUUUUGUUUGUCUUCGACAAGGACAUAAGGUCAAUGAAUGCAAGAUGUCAAGGCUCUGUAAUGUUGACAGUUGUGAGAAGAAACAUCACGCUCUGCUGCACACUAACACGGCAAGCAACGAUGUAAAUAAGUCUGAAACCCAGAAUUGCUGUGGAUUUACUAAAUCUCUAAGUAGCCAAGUGUGCUUAGGAAUGAUUCCCGUACGGCUGGUGGCGGGAAAUGCCGAAAUGGUGGGUUAUGCCUUGUUGGAUAACGGGUCUGAUGUGACGUUGAUAAAAUCGAGCUGUUUGAGGCAUCUCGGACUGAAGGAAGACCGAGCGUCAGUGGUAGUAGGGACUGUGAGUGGUAAUAGGACGAUGACGGCCACAAGAACUCCUUUCGAGGUAUAUUCUUUAGAUCGGUCCGAACAUGUGACGAUCGAAGGAGCUCUGAUUGCGGCAAGUGUACCGGGUCAUAAGCCAACAAGGUCGGCAGUGAACAACCUAGUUAAGUGGCCACAUUUAAGGGAUGUACCAAUAGAUCACUUAGACUCUGAAGAAGUUCUGCUGUUGAUUGGUUGCGACGUGCCCGAAGCACACUGGGUGUUAGAUCAGCGGUUGGGUGGAAGAAAAAACCCGUACGCUGUAAAGACGUUGCUGGGGUGGACGGUCUUCGGACCUGCAUCGUAUCCGGAAUAUAGGAAAAGAAUUGUUAAUCAUACCAGUAAGAUACAGACAUUAGAGAACGAGAUACGUAAGUUUUAUGACUCAGAGUUUUCCGACGCUUAUUCAAAUAAUAAAUCAUUAUCAGUAGACGACAAGACGGCUAUAAGGAUUGUGGAAGGUGGCACACGCUUCCUAAAUGGUCAUUUUGGAGUCCCUAUACCAUGGAAAGUGCACCCAAAUAUGGGAGGGGGGAAUUAUGAAGUGGCAAACAGUAGACUACAGAGUUUGAAGCGUAGAUUGUUGAAAGAUGACAUUCUGUAUAUCAAGUAUACAAAUGAUAUUGAAAGGCCUCUGACUAUGAAAGGGAUUCUAUUUAUAGUUUCUUCUCUGUUCGAUCCUUUGGGUUUAAUUGCUCCAGUCUGUCUUCCUGCCAAGGUCCUCUUGCAAAAAUUAUGUAAGUCCCAAAUAGGCUGGGAUCAGCCUCUCAACGAGCCAUACAAGUCCGCGUGGCCAAAUUGGGUAAAAUUUAUGCGUCAAAUAGGUCAUGUUACGGUAGCUCGGGGUAUCAAGAAGAGAAUCGACGAACCCGAUGCUGAAGUAGAAUUGCACUUGUUCAGUGACGCGUCAGAGAUCGGUUAUGGAGCAGUCGCGUACGCACGAGUCAGCUAUUUGAAGGAACGACCCUAUUGUAUUUUGUUGUACAGCAAGUCUAGGGUAGCACCUAUCAAACAGGUCACUAUACCGAGGCUUGAGAUGGCGGCAGCAGUGUUAAGUGUGAGGCUUAGUGAAGUCUUACAGAGAAGCCUGCCUAAUUUUUUCUGUAAAGUAAACUUUUAUACAGAUUCCACGGUAGUGUUGUACUACAUCAGGAAUAUCGAGAACCGCUAUAGCACCUAUAUAGCCAACCGCCUCGCCGUUGUGCACCAGUAUACGAAAAUUGAACAAUGGAGUUAUGUAAAGUUGUCACAGAAUCCAGCUGAUUGGACCUCAAGAGGUAUACAAAAAAUGUCAGACCUUGAGUUUUGGUUUAAAUGUCCUACAUUACUACAAGAUGAUUUUUGUAUGAAAAUUACUGACUGUCCGGAACUUAUGCCUGACAAUAUUGAGUUUAGGAAAAUGGCUGUGGUUAAUUUGAAUAGUAUAAAGUCCAACAUGUCACCUAUUCUUUCUUAUUAUUCUGAGUGGUUGAAAUUAGUCAGAGCCGUAGCCUGGUUUAGAAGGUUCAUAGAUUUCCUGAUAGUACUUCGUUCACCGAGUCAUGAAGGAUCCAUUCACCUGGGAGGUUUAAAGGUUAAGGAGCUUGACAUCGCCAAGCGUAAAAUUUUAUUGAUGGUUCAGAAGGAAGUGUAUGGAGAAAUACUUAACGGAUUUAAAAACAGUGGUAAAGUAUUUAGUCACAAUGAUCUUAAGGGUUUAUCACCGAUAAUGCUGGAUGGAUUACUCUGCGUUGGAGGUCGACUAAGCUACUCGGAUGUCCCAAAUGCCUUUAAACAUCCAAUAAUACUGCCCAGUCGACACUUAGUGACAGAAAUGAUCGUUAGACAUUAUCAUAAGGAACAGGGGCACACAGGAACGUCACAAGUACUGGCUAUGAUUCGAAAAAGGUAUUGGAUAAUAAAAGGAACCAGCACGGUUAAGAGAGUGAUAGGUAAGUGCGUGACAUGCCGGCGGUUUACGAUGAAUACAGGGCAACAGUUGAUGGCGCCGCUUCCAGCUUGUAGAUUUCAACCAGGAUGGUAUAGCUUCUCAGUCGUGGGAGUAGAUUACUUUGGACCACUUGUUGUCAAGAGAGGAAGAUCAUUAGAAAAAAGGUAUGGAUGUAUAUUUACUUGCUUGCAAACCCGAGCAGUACAUAUUGAACUGACACACAGUUUGAAUACUGAUUCGUUUAUAAUGGCCUUGCUACGUUUUAUUGGAAGAAGAGGGAAACCUGCAGAAAUUUACAGUGACAAUGAGUCAAAUUUCGUGGGUGCAGUCUCUGAACUAAGAAAAUUCGUGCAGCAGUUGAAUCAGCAGAAAAUAGACAAAGAACUGUCAGCGAGGCAGAUUCAGCGGCAUUUUAACCCCCCCUCCUCCAGCCACAGGGGUGGAGUCUGGGAAAGAAUGAUUAGGUCUGUACGCCGACUGUUAUUGUUGAUAACUAGAGAGCAGACUUUAACCGAUGAGGCCUUAGGCACUUAUUUGAUUGAAAUUGAAAGGAUAUUGAACGAUCGUCCCUUAACUGCGGUCGUCCAAGAUGCUAACGAUAAACUAGCCUUGUCGCCGAAUAGUCUGUUAUUAUUGAGAGAAUGUGAUGGAAUAGUCGAAGAAGGCAGCAUCAGAGAUAAAUACGACAAACGUUGGAAACAGGUUAAUCAUCUUGCUAAUGUGUUUUGGAAAAGAUGGUUGAGAGAGUAUUUGCCGUCCCUACAAAAACGUCAGAAAUGGUUAGUUGAACACCGUAAUUUUCAGAAAGGAGAUGUAGUAAUUGUGGCUUCUGACAUAUCGACCCGUGGAAAGUGGCCCUUAGGAGUAGUUGAAGAUUGUGAAAUAGAUGACGACGGAAGAGUUAGAACGGUAGUUGUUCGUACGAACGGCGGAUUAGUCAGAAGAGAUAUAGUAGAUUAUGUCUCCUUGAAGGGUCGAAUUAAUUUCUCCCAUGUCAAUGUAAGUAGGUCGAAUAGGCGUACUGCUGUAAGUCCUACUCGUUCCUCUAGUGUCAUAUGCUACAUAAUGAACCAUGACCAUAGGCAUCAAGGUAGCUUGUGUGAUAUGGAGGGAUUUUGGGGGCCGGUGUAAGAUCUAUUUUGAAUGCCUCGUGUGUUUGUGAAAAUCCCUCCAUGUAUAUACUUGCACUUUGUUCCUAUUGAUUCCUUUAUUUGUAUAUUGUUAGUUUUUUGAUUACGUUUGGAUUGUUAAUAUUUGUAUUUUAUCAUAGUUUUUAUUUUUUAUUACACCUUCAAUAAGUUUUUGUGCUUCCUCCCGAACUGUAUCCAUGUUGUUUUACUUGACACUUGUUCUUGGCGGCAGCCAUAUUGAUUUGCUCCUCCUUUUGUGUGUGAUCUAUCCAGUCAGGAUAGAAUAGAGUUUAUUUGUUGUGACUGGUAAUUUUCCCACAUCUUUUAUCAACUUUAUUUUAUGUAGUUUAGAUUUGAUUGAUUGAACAAUUAUUGGUUGAGUAGCCGGGUGGUAAUAUUUGUUUAGGUAACGAUUUACAUUUAAACUUAUGAUGAAUUAUAGAACCGCUAUUUACCCGAUUACUUGUUUUGAUUUUGACGGGCAAGGGCGCGUGUCUAACGUACCUAGACGGCUAUUCAUCAAUCCAAACCGCAGUUUGGAUUCUACAUUGGCCGCUUCAAAGACUGUAUAACAAGAAGGAUGGUAUUACAGAAAUAUAUUAUUUACAGUAGGUACAAUGAAAUAAUGAACACCACCAGAUAAACUAGUCCAUGACAUAAGAUUAAUUUAUGCUAGUUGUUUUUCCUCGACCUUGACGGGGAUUGAUGAAAUGUUCAACAUUCACUAACCCAACUGCCAGAUGAUUUAGCUAGGGCUUAGUAACAUUUCGCUGGCCCUAAAAGCUGAUCACCUGUCAUAAAAAACAAUCCAAGUUCAAAGGUUUUCCGUUUCUUUACAAUCACGCGACGGCAUUCAUAUUCUUAUUUACUUUUGAGCUUCUAAUGGUUGCGGUAAUCCGCUUGGGGAAUCCUCCUGUAAUGGUUGUAUCCUGCCUGCCAAGAUUUGAAGAUGGAGUAUUGAAGUCUUUAGACAGCAGUAAUGGACUGAACUCAAGGUAUAUUAUCUUUAAUAUCCCCUGUAUAAUCUUAUUUUUUUGGGUGUUAGGACCUUUGAGGGGGACGAUAUAUUCCUCCAGUCAAUUGCUUUGUGUCGUUAGGACUGAAGCAACACCAGCAUGAUUUUUUUGUUAUGGUUAGCUUGGUAUUGUGUGGUGUUACAGCUUUGAAGUGACUGUCAAUGUAUAUCACCACUCCAUCUCCUGUUUGUGCAUUAAAUUGUAUCUGAAUAGUGUCAUGUCUUACAGGCUCAUUUCAUUUGUAACGUUGAUCAAUAACCAUAAUUUAAUCAGGACUAUGAUCUUUAGAUCUAACUGAGAGCAAGUGCAUCUGAUUUCUCCUAAUCUACUCCUUAGUCCUCUAACGUUGCAAUAGGGGUACUUGUUGAUAUGCCUCACCACCUGGUGUCUCUCUAUAGCAGCGGCAGUCUCCCAGUAAUUGGACAGAUUGUUGUUAAAAUUGUGUUGGCUAGUUCCGUGCAAUAUAUCCUCUUUAGGUUUUUCGCCUUCAUGGUGGGUUUCAUUAGCGAUACCGUGGUCCCUGCGUUCUGUACGGUCGACUGCUUAUCAAAGUUAACAAACCAAAGGAUAUUUGAUUGGUUUUUCUACUGUUGUCGCUGAUCUAGACCGAAUUUUACGGCAUCCAAUUUGACGGAAAGGUGGUUUUCAACCUGUACCGGACCUUGAGAGCCGCGACCAAGUCCCAUCGAUUCUGAAAUCUACAGCCAUCAGAUGCAAAGUAAUGAUCGUAGGCUGUAACAGAUGAAACAGCUUGUACACGCUAAUUAUCGCAAUAAUGUACGACCUCAUACUAUGCGAUAGUCAACGCCAUUACUGCAUAUUGUAUGCAGUGGGUUUCAUUACGAUUAACACUUACUAGCUCAGGCACUCCGUGUUUGCAGAUUUUCUAGCGGCACAUCUCACGGCCAAGGGUUUGUUGUAUCUAACUCAGAUUUGAGGGAAUCGCUUAACUGAUGGUCUUUGAGAUGUCAGUAAAAUUAUUCCUGCAACGUGUUCUUAGUCUACGUUUACCUUUAGUUCAGGGGAUUUACCUUUUACUAAGUUUCGGCUUUUAUUAUAGCUGCAUUGCUAGGUCGAAGUGAUGCAUUUUCAGCAUUAUACGUUAUUUGUCUCGCUAUUCACUAUAAAAAACUUCCGUAGUUUCUAAUAAGCUGCUUUUCAACAUUGGAACAUUAUACAAAACCAAAGAGUUUUAUCUAGAAAACUUCUUUUAUUUUUAGCGCCUCGGAAGCUACAGGUUUGCCAUUUCACUUUCUAAAGAUCACCAAAUGCUCUUCACUGUUAAUAGAUGCUUGAUUAUUAGCAAACUCAACAAUUUCACUGAUGUAUGAACUCGGGUUGCAACUGUCGUAAUCAAAUAUUCAGUGCAGCUAGUGUUUGACGAUUGGGAUUGAUACGAAUGCUUCCAAAGGGUUUUAUAAGUUCUGUCAACUUAUUUUUUCUCUGCUUUUGGCAAAUGUGCCAGUAGCGCUGACAGGGUGGACUCAACAUAAACUCCUAGUGCUGCUUAGAUAUUGUUGUGUCACAGAAACAGUGAACAUAGUCACAAAAAAUUACAUUCAGAUGAUGAGUCUUUCAUUUUGACGAGCGAUGAGCACGCAAUACAAUUAUCAAAUUGCAUUGUCCCUCCACAGUCAUCAGUAUCACAGGCAGUUUGAUAUCCUUGUUUCCUCAACAUCACUUUUGCCUACUAAACUUACUAAGAGAAAGAGCAUAUGUAGGGGUGUAGUCCUGAUCACUUAGUUGGACAUUCGGCGUUAGCAAUUAAGUUCAGUGACCCAUGUCGCAUACAUGACUCUGAGAUAAUUUAUCUGAUGUAGUUUUGUGAUCUGUUGCUCGAAACGGAAAUUUUCGUAUUAUUAAUGGACUACGAAUUAGAAUAUCUGUCUCUAAUAAUCGUCUCCGCAUUUGUAGUGAACGCACGGGUGGCAACGAUGUUACUUUGGAUGUUAUGCAAUUGACUAAAGAGUUAAAUCCUAGAAAGUCAGCAGAACAGAAGUUUCGAAGGGGAGAUAGAAUAGGGGUAAGUGAAUAAAUGAUUCAAAAGAAUAAAAGCACAGAGAAACUUGAAGUUGCAACGUUAUACUUUACUGUACU